UGAAGGGGAUGAAUAUACAACGUUAAUGACACAAUGCAAAGAAGGAUCACAACGAGAUGGUCUAAUGUUGGACUCAAGUGAAGAAUUAUACAAAUGGUUUACUGAGCAGGUAAUAAGAAAUCUUCACGUUGUUUUUACAAUGAAUCCAUCUUCUGAAGGACUGAAAGACAGAGCCGCCACUUCUCCUGCAUUGUUUAACAGAUGCGUAUUGAAUUGGUUUGGUGAUUGGUCAACUGGUGCACUCUAUCAAGUUGGUAAAGAAUUUACGAGCAAGAUUGAUUUAGACAAUUCAUUGUAUCGUGCUCCAGACUACAUUCGUGUUGUUUAUGAAGGAUUAUCGAUUCCACCUACUCACCAUGAGGCAGUUAUCAACGCUUUUGUAUUUGUACAUCAAACUUUACAUGAAGCAAAUGCUCGUCUUGCUAAACGCGGAGGACGUUGUAUGGCAAUAACUCCUAGACAUUACCUGGAUUUUAUUAAUCACUACGUAAAACUGUACAACGAGAAACGAUCGGAUUUGGAAGAGCAACAACUUCAUUUAAAUGUUGGUUUGACAAAAAUAAAAGAAACUGUUGAGCAGGUCGAAGAACUUCAAAAAAGUUUAUCUAUGAAGAGUCAAGAAUUGAAAGCAAAGAAUGCAUUAGCUAAUCAAAAACUGAAACAGAUGUUAAAAGAUCAACAGGAGGCAGAGAAAAAGAGAGUGACUUCUACAGAACUUCAGGCGGCUAUUGCGCAACAAACAGUAAAGAUUAAAGAAAAGAAAGCACUUGUUAUGGACGAUUUAGCGCAGGUUGAGCCUGCAGUACAAGACGCUAAACAAGCCGUAAAAUCAAAUAAAAAGCAACAUUUGGUUGAAGUGCGUUCAAUGGCCAAUCCACCUCAAGCAGUUAAAGUUGCUUUGGAGUCUAUAUGUUUACUACUGGGUGAACAGGCAGCUGAUUGGAGGGCCAUUCGCAGUAUCAUCAUGAGAGAUAAUUUUAUUCCAACCAUUGUUACUUUCCAAACAGAAAAUAUCAGUGAAGAAGUUCGCGCUCAAAUGUUGAACAAGUACAUGUCUCAGCCAGACUACAACUUUGAUAAAGUCAAUCGUGCAAGUCAAGCUUGUGGUCCGUUAGUGAAAUGGGCCAUUGCACAGGUGAAAUAUGCUGAUAUGUUGUUGAAAAUAGAACCUUUACGCCAUGAACUGAAGAGUUUAGAAACUGAAGCAAGUGCUGCUGAAGCUAAGGCUGCUGAAAUUGCCAAAGUUAUUACUGGUCUGGAGAAAAGCAUAGCGCAAUACAAAGAAGAAUAUGCUGCCUUGAUUAGUGAAGCACAAGCGAUAAAGACCGAGAUGACGGCUGUUGAAUCAAAAGUAAACAGGAGCGUGGCAUUAUUAAGGAGUUUGUCUGAUGAACGCAGUCGUUGGCAAGACACAAGCAACGCUUUUCAAGCUCAAAUGGGAACCAUUGUCGGUGAUGUAAUGCUAUCGUCAGCAUUUUUGGCUUAUGCAGGAUAUUUCGAUCAGCAGCUUCGUCAAAAUUUGUUCACAACUUGGAGUCACCAUCUUCAACAAGCUGGUUUGGAGUUUCGCCAUGAUCUUGCUAGGACUGAGAUGGGUUUUGUUGAAAAAUGUUCAUUUGGCUCCACAAUGUUGGUAACAUUGGAAAACAAACUACACACUUUGAAUCCUCAUGCAAAUUUCCGUCUUUUCCUUACUAUGGAAAUUAAUCCUAAGGUUCCUGUGAAUUUAUUGCGAGCUUCCCGUGUUUUUGUAUUCGAACCUCCUCCUGGCAUAAGAGCAAACCUUUUCCGAACUUUCAGUACUAUUCCUGUAUCGCGCAUGUGCAAGGCGCCAACCGAACGAACACGUUUGUAUUUUCUGUUGGCAUGGUUACAUGCUAUUGUACAAGAACGUUUACGUUAUGCACCAUUGGGUUGGUCCAAGCAUUAUGAGUUCAGUGAGUCUGACCUUAGAGUUGCCUGUGAAACCAUUGACACGUGGCUUGACAUUUCAUCCCAAGGUCGGACAAAUAUAUCUCCUGACAAAGUACCAUGGGAUGCAUUGAGGACACUUCUUACUCAGGCCAUAUAUGGAGGGCGCAUCGAUAACGAAUUUGAUCAGCGUUUGCUUUCUUCCUUUGUUAAUCGAUUGUUCACAGUCAGCAGUUUUGAAUCAGAUUUUCCAUUGGUAUUGGAUGCUGAUGGUGUUAAAGGCAAAAAUGUUAACAUGCCAGAUGGAAUACGACGCGAACAGUUUGUACAAUGGACAGAAAAAUUGCCAGACUCUCAAUCGCCAUCCUGGCUUGGAUUACCAAACAAUGCUGAGAAAUUAUUGCUAACUGUUCAAGGUCAGGCACUUACCACCAAACUUCUGAAGAUGCAAAAUAUUGACGAUGAAGAAGAAUUAGCUUACUCUCCGGGAUUAGACAAAAACCAGUCUCUGAUCUCUAAUGAUACUCGUCCAGCAUGGAUGAGAUCGUUACAUAGCACAGCCACUAAUUGGUUGGCAAUGGUACCGGAGGAACUUGUUGCCUUGAAACGAACUAAUGAAAACAUCAAAGAUCCUUUAUUCCGAUUCUUUGAACGCGAGGUAAAUGUUGGAAUAGGAUUGCUUAAAACGGUCCGUGGUGAUCUACAAAAUGUUAUUGGUUUUUGUGAGCAAGUAAAAAAGCCAACAAAUUAUCUAAGGAAUGUUAUAAGUGAUUUGAUGAAAGCUAUUCUUCCCAAGAAUUGGCGUCGUUAUACAGUUCUAUCAGGUCUUACUGUCAUUCAGUGGAUUGGUGAUUUCAGUGACCGUAUACAACAACUUCAACAAAUUUCUACCGUUUCACACAGUGGAUCUAAUAAAGGACUGAAGAACCUGCGUGUUCAUCUUGGAUGGUUGUUUGUCCCUGAAGCCUAUAUAACAGCAACCAGACAAUAUGUUGCUCAAGCUAAUAACUGGUCUUUGGAAGAGCUUUCCCUGAAGAUGACUAUAUCACGUGGGAAGAAUGAAGAAAUAGAACUUGAUGACUGCAGUUUUGGUAUUACAGGUUUGAAACUUCAAGGUGAAAAAUGUGUGAAUAAUCGUUUAGAGCUUGCGACAGUUAUCACAACUGACCUGCCAUUGACGAGUCUUAGUUGGAUCAGAUUUUCUGACGAUGAUAAACUUUCCAAACAAGCAAAGGUCACACUUCCUGUGUAUCUUAAUCAGAAUCGUCGCGAGCUUCUUUUCACUGUCGUAAUGGAAUUUGUUGAGCAGGGGGGUGAUCACCGCUUUUAUGAAAGAGGGGUUGCUUUCUUGGCAUCUUCAAUGACUGGCUGAUAUGAUUUUAAACUAAUUUUAGAUUUGGCAAUUGUCCUUUAUUGACUUAGCUAGUUGUUGUGAAUCUAAAUUAAAAUACUGUGAGGCGUA